CUCGUGCCCGGGUCAGAGGACCGGACUCCGGGAGCAGCGGCAGCGCGCCGAAGACACGCCGACAGUCCUCUCGCUUGCAGCGGCUCACUCGGGACGUAGCAGCCGCUUCUGGUGGACUUCCAGCGGGCAGGAAGGAGAGCGGCGGACCCGCGACGACCAGGUGCCGGUCGGUUGGUAGUUUAAACGCCGUGAAGCGGACCGAGGGGAGCGGGACAAUGAGGAAGAGCCCGCCCGGCUAACGGCUAGCUGGGAGCGACUUGUAACGGAAACCGAGAGCCGUUAAACACCCGAAGUGUCCCGGCAACCGGCCUAAAGUCUAACCGGGGGGGGGGUCCCUCACCGGGGGAAGUUUGAGUGUUAGUCCGAACAUGGAGACGGACUCUGUGGCGAGCGACGUGGACUCUCGAGGCGGCGGACUGAGCCUCCUGGAGCCCCGGUUGGACCGGAUCCUGGUGGACACCCUGUCCCAGCAGCAGGGAUGGCUCCGGGUUUACGAUGUCAAAGGUCCUCCGGCUCACCGCUUCUCCUGUGGUCAGAGCCUGUGCAGCGGGGGCGGGGCUUGGGAGAGGAAGUUCUGCCUGCUGACGGACAGCCAGCUGAUCCUGCUGAACGAGGAGGACGAGGCUCCAGGUGAGACCCAGGUGAGCCCCACAGACUCUUCAAAGGGGCGAAGUCUACGCAGGACCGUCAGUGUCCCCUCGGAGGGACAGUUCCCCGAGUUCCCAGCAGAGUGCGCCGCUGCCAUGCUAGACGUGUCUUCGGAGCGGUCUCCCAGGAGGAGGAGCAUCUCGGCUCUGGGGAGCUCGGAGAAGAGCAACGCCGUGGACAGCCCAAACUCGUCCCCCUUCAAGGUCCCGGGCUUCUUCAGUAAGCGUCUCAAAGGGUCCAUCAAGAGGACCAAGAGUCAGACCAAGCUGGACAGGAACACCAGCUUCAGGCCCGCUGACGCCGACAGGUCGAGGGCCCUCCCCAAGCUGAGGGAGUCGACGUCCCUCGAGUCCCUGCUGAGCCCCGGCAGCGCGGUGGAGGCUCUGGACCUCAGCAUGGAGGAGGAGGUGCUGGUCAAGCCGCUGCACAGCAGCAUCCUGGGACAGGAGUUCUGCUUCGAGGUGACGUACUCUGGAGGCAGCAAGUGCUUCAGCUGCACCUCCUCCUCGGAGAGGGACAAGUGGAUGGAGAACCUGAGGAGGACCAUCCAGCCCAACAAGGACAACUGCCGGCGGGCGGAGAACCUGCUCCGCCUGUGGAUCAUCGAGGCCAAAGACCUGCCGCCCAAGAAGAAGUACUUCUGCGAGCUGUGCCUGGACGACGUGUUGUACGCGCGGACCACCAGCAAGACGCGCCACGACAGCCUGUUCUGGGGCGAGCACUUUGACUUCAGCGGCCUGCCGGCCACGCACAGCGUCACCGUGCACGUCUACCGCCACCUGGACAAGAAGAAGAAGAAGGACAAGAACAACUACGUGGGCCUGGUGAACAUCCCGGUGUCCGGCGUGACGGGCCGGCAGUUCGUGGAGAAGUGGUACCCCAUCAGCACGCCCACCACCGGCAAGGCCAAAGGGGGCGGGCCCUCGAUCCGCAUCAAGUCCCGCUUCCAGACCAUCUCCAUCCUGCCCAUGGAGCAGUACAAGGAGUUCGCCGAGUUCGUUACCAACAACUACAGCAUGCUGUGCUCGGUGCUGGAGCCCGUCAUCAGCGUCAGGAACAAGGAGGAGAUGGCCUGCGCCCUGGUCCACAUCCUGCAGAGCACCGGCAGGGCAAAGGACUUCCUAACAGACCUGGUGAUGUCAGAAGUGGACCGCUGUGCCGACCACGACGUCCUGAUCUUCAGGGAGAACACGCUGGCCACCAAAGCCAUCGAGGAGUACCUGAAGCUGGUGGGACAGAAAUACCUGCACGACGCGCUGGGUGAGUUCAUCAAAGCUCUCUACGAGUCGGAUGAGAACUGCGAGGUGGAUCCAAGUCGAUGCUCCAGCAGCGAACUGAGCGAACACCAGAGCAACCUGAAGAUGUGCUGCGAGCUGGCUUUCUGCAAGAUCAUCAACUCCUACUGUGUGUUUCCUCGAGAGCUGAAGGAAGUGUUCGCCUCGUGGAAGCAGCAGUGCAUCGCUCGCGGCCACCAGCAGGACAUCAGCAAGCGUCUGAUCAGCGCCUCGCUCUUCCUGCGCUUCCUGUGCCCCGCCAUCAUGUCGCCCUCCCUCUUCAACCUGAUGCAGGAAUACCCGGACGACCGGACGUCCCGGACGCUCACGCUCAUCGCCAAGGUCAUCCAGAACCUCGCCAACUUUACUAAGUUUGGCAACAAAGAAGAGUACAUGGCCUUCAUGAACGACUUCUUGGAGCAUGAGUGGGCGGGGAUGAUGCGCUUCCUGUCGGAGAUUUCCAACCCGGAGACGCUGUCCAACACGCCGGGCUUCGAGGGCUUCAUCGACCUCGGCCGCGAGCUGUCCGUCCUGCACGCUCUGCUGUGGGAGGUUGUCUCUCAGCUGGACAAGGGUGAAAAUUCCUUCCUGCAGGCCACCGUAGCGAAGCUGGGUCCGCUGCCGAGGAUUCUGGGAGAUAUCUCCCGCUGCUUGUUGUCGCCAACGCCGGUCCAGCAGCAGCUGAGACGCUUCCAGGAACACAACAUGAGCGGCAGCCUGUCGUCGGGGUUACAGCGGAUCUUUGAAGACCCGACUGACAGCCACAGCGACGCUCGCAGCCUGAUGGGGGGUUCCGCCCGAGGUCAGCGCCCCCUGCUGGCUCAGCAGCAUUCCUCCGCCCGCAGCAGCCUGUCGGACCAGGACGAGCCGCUGCUGCCCAACGGCCGCAGCGUGUCUCUGGUGGACCUGCAGGAGGCGCAGGGCCUUCACCACGAGGCCCCGCCCCGCCUCAGCAGGACGGGCUCCCAGGCCUCGGUCGGACACGCCCCGCCCCCGCCCAACUACCCCCACUCCAACUCCCUGACCACGCAGCCGGCGCCGCCCCGAGGCGCCGGCAGGGAGGGCCAGCCGCAGAGCGCGCCGCAGGCCCGGCGCCCGCUGCCCCCGUCGCUCGGCCAGCAGCGCGGCCUGCAGCCGCUGUCCUUCCAGAACCCCGUGUACCACCUGAGUAACCCCGCCCACAGCCUGUCCACGCGCUCCGCCCACUCGCUGCGCCGCGACUCCAGCUCCGACAACCUGAGCACCGAGAGCUCGCACAACAGCCACAGCAACUCCGACGACUUCGGCAGCCAGGGGGGGGUCAAAGGUCGCGCGCCAUCCACCAGCAGCCUGGAGGAGUCGGGCGGCAGGCGCAGCGCGCACAGCGAGGAGCGCUCCACGCCGCGGCGCCACGCCCCGCCCGACCUCCCGCCCGGCGCCGCCACGGCGGUUGCCGUCCCCCGGCAAAGCACGACGGCGGGUACCGCCCACAUCGUCAAGGUGGAGCAGCAGAGCAGAGGAGGGGGCGGGGCCAGGACGCCGUGCUCCGUCCCUGCCGGCGCCUCGGUGCGCGGCGCGGAGCCUGCGCCGCCCCCCCACCAGCACGCCACCAGCCCCCCAGAGAACACGGCCCCGCCCCCUCGCAGUGCCGCCAAGCAGCCACAGCCGGCGGCGUCUCCGGUGGAGGCGGUGGCGAUGUCCCCGGUGGAGAGGACGGCAGCCUGGGUGCUCAACAACGGCCAGUACGAGGAGGAGGGGGGGGAGGAGCAGCAGGAGGAGCAGCAGAGGAGCAGGCAGGAAGGAACCAACACUGAGAAGUACCAGCUGGAGAUCUCCAGGCUGAAGGAGCGCCUGCGGGUCUCCGCCCUCCGUCUGGAGGAGUACGAGCUGCGCCUCCUCGCCCAGGAGCAGCAGAUGCAGAAGCUGCUGCUGGAGUACAAAGUGCGUCUGGAGGAGGGCGAGGAGCGACUGAGGAGGCAGCAGGAGGAGAAGGACAGCCAGAUGAAGAGCAUCAUCUGCAGGCUGAUGGCGGUGGAGGAGGAGCUUAAACGGGACCACGCAGAGAUGCAGGCGGUGAUUGAAGCCAAACAAAAGAUUAUUGACGCUCAGGUCAGUAACGGAUGUGAAAUAAACCAAUCAGGAGAAGCGGAUCGACUCGCUGGACGCGGCCAACCUGCGGCUGAUGACGGCGCUGACGCAGGUGAAGGAGCGCUACAGCAACCCCACCCUCCACAACGGCCGCCCACCCCCCACCAAGCUGUCAAUCACUGAGACCGGAGAGUUCAAGAACAGCAGCUGCUGAUUGGCCGGAGAGGCGGGGCCUAAUGUUAGAGAUAUAAGUGUAAAUACUAAAGGUUUGACCUGUUGUGCGUGUGUCAGUGAGAAAGAAACAAACCAAAAGCUAAAACGCACUCGAGUUUUCUAACAGACUUUUCUUUAAAUAGUUUUUAUUUGAAUCGUUUUUUGUUGCCAAAGUUUGUUGUUUUUUAACUGACGAGUUCUUUUGGGGUUUUAAUUUAUUCCUCCAAGUCGUGUCCGUGUUGCUGAUCUACUGAACGAACCCUGUAGGCUCAGGGUCAAAGGUGACGCACCUGUCUGCUGUCCCGCCUUCAGAAUAAAAGCUGUCUGUUUGAGUGCUCUCAUCUCGUUCUGCGCAUGAACAGAUUUUAGUUUUAACUGUUUUGCAUUCGUGUGAAUGAAUGAAUGAAUACCUCAACCCCCUUUUAAUAAACUCAAUUAAUCCCA